CCUUGCUGCGUCAUUAGCGUGCGACUCCAGGCUACAAAACAGGUCUGGGCUGCAAAAGCAUGGCAGCUGCUGAGGCGGCCGUGGUGUCGUCGUCAUCUUUGAAAACAGACUCAGCCCCAGUCCCUGAAACUGCAGGAACCGCCGCAGCAACGGCCGCCACUUCGCCAGCGACGGCUGCAGCCGCGGCGGUUGCGGCCGCUGCCAGGACCGGAUCGGAAGCCAGGGUCUCCAAGGCCGCUUUGGCUACUAAGCUGCUGUCUCUGAGCGGCGUGUUCGCCGUGCACAAGCCCAAAGGGCCCACCUCAGCCGAGCUGCUGAAUCGGCUGAAGGAGAAGCUGCUGGCAGAAGCUGGAAUGCCUUCUUCAGAAUGGACCAAGCGGAAAAAGCAGACUUUGAAAAUUGGGCACGGAGGGACUUUAGACAGCGCAGCCCGAGGAGUUCUGGUGGUUGGAAUUGGAAGGGGAACAAAAAUCUUGACCAGUAUGUUGUCAGGGUCCAAGAGGUAUGUUGCCAUUGGAGAGCUGGGGAAAGCUACCGACACACUGGAUUCUACAGGGAAAGUAACAGAAGAAAAACCUUACGAUAAAAUAACACAAGAAGAUAUUGAAGGCAUUCUACAGAAAUUUACUGGGAAUAUAAUGCAAGUACCUCCCCUCUAUUCUGCGUUAAAGAAGGAUGGCCAGAGACUGUCGACUUUGAUGAAGAGAGGGGCAGCAGUGGAAGCAAAACCUGCCCGGCCGGUGACGGUGUACAGUCUCUCCCUGCGAAAGUUCCAGCCCCCGUUUUUCACAUUAGAUGUUGAAUGUGGAGGAGGUUUUUAUAUCAGAAGCUUGGUCAGUGACAUUGGCAAAGAACUCUCUUCCUGUGCCAAUGUAUUAGAGCUGACCCGGACCAAACAGGGGCCAUUUACGCUAGAAGAACAUGCCCUUCCUGAAGACAAAUGGACAAUUGAUGACAUCGCACAGUCUCUUGAGCAUUGCUCAUCUCUUCUCCCAGCAGAGCUGGCACUUAAAAAAUCAAAACCUGAGGAGUCUAGCGAACAAGUUUUGAGCUGUGAAUUUAUAACUCUAAAUGAGACAAAGGGAGAAGAUGAUGUAAUUAAGACAUUUUAAGAUUGGCUGGGGAUUGUCAUUGUCUCCUGGUUGACAUUUGAAUCCUGUGUGCGGAAUGACAAGCUAUAUGCAAAAGAUGAACUAUUCCCUUUUUUUUGUGCAUGAAGAAAAAUGUCCUUCAUUUACAGUUUCUAUAGUGUACAGUUUAUCUGCUACGCAUUAUAAAUAGCCUUGCAGUUAUUCAGUUCUUUCUUGUACUAUGGGAUAUUCUUUUAGGAUGUCAUUGUGUUAGAUUGGAUUCAGGAAAAUCAACUUUCUGAUUUUAAUCUUGCUUCAAAGUCUUUUCCUGUGAAAAAGUUGACCACGUUUUCUAAUCAAAGAAAAAAAAAUGAUGUACAUGUUUCUUUGAUGUCACAAAAGUGAAUGUAAAUUAGUGUUUCUUUGAUUUCAUUUUAGCUUCUUGGUGGCUUUGUUGUACUAAAUUUUUUAACUAUGUUUGAAAAGACCAUUAUUUAACUCUUACAUUUUGGAGAAUUUAUGAUUAUUAGAACAUUUCUUUGAUAAGACUGCACUUACUUGGUAAUAGUUGUAUUUGUUUAGAUCUUGGGAACUAAUAAAGUUUUAUAGUAAAUGUGGGGAAAUGAACCAAAUUAUUGCUGCUACCACUAACAGGAUGUAAAUAGAAGACUCUAUGUUAAUUAAAUUCCCUCUCUUCUACCGUUAGUGCAGAGGACAGCUCCUAUGGCUCAUAUUUUGGCCGCUGUGAGAUCUUUCCCCUUGUAAUUUCAUCAACACGAUUGACCACUCUGUACCAAGUUACUAAAUAUCCUGAUUUCUAAAAAUCAAACUAAAGAAUGUGUCUUCACUUAAAAAUUUCUUUUCUAUAUUCUUUAGUAUUUAUUUAUGCCUCUUUAUAGGGCAUUAAUCCCCAUGACAUUGUUUUUUUAGUUUGCUCUUGCAAGUGGUAUUUAUAGACGUUGAGAUAGCUGCCCUGCAUUUCCAGUUAAUCUCUUCUGCUCUAAAUAUUUAAAUACAGUUAUUCUCAAACGUUUUCAUUCAAAUAGCCUGCUGAACGUUCCCUAUCCCUCUUUACUGUAAUUUUGAAAACAUAGUCACAUUACAAAAUAGUUAAUUUCAUAUGUAGUAAGUGCUUCAUAUGUUUGUUAUGGGAAAGCGAUCUAUUAUGCAACCAGUCUGUAGAAAUGUUCAAGUCCUCCUUCAUUUAUUCAAAUAAAUAUAGUGUCAGAGGAAGAAUCAUUAAAAAUUUCAUAAAAUAGGAGUUUUUAGAUUUUUAUUGGUUGCCUUUUUUUUAAAGAUGGUUUCCUG